AUGGUGCAGUUUUCUACCACAUUUGGCAAUUUCACCGUAGAUCUGUACCCGGAGCAUGCGCCCAAAACAGUAGAGGCUUUCAAGAAGCUCGUGGAUGGUGGUUUUUACCUCAAGGACGCCGGUUUUUACUACAACGAGCCCAAGUUUGUGCUUCAAGGAGGAGGAUUUCUCUAUGAUAAAGAGUCGCCCGUCGGAAACUUGCCGGUGGAGUACAGCGCCCCGAGUACCGAGAGGAUGGUGGUGCUUGCGCGCAGCCACAAGCCGGACUCGGGCAACACCGAGUUCGCCAUCAUGCUGCACGACAACACAGAGAGAAACAAGCCAAGCAAAGACGGACCUGGUUACACGGUAUUUGGACGGGUUGUGGAAGGAUGGCACACGAUUGAGUCUAUUUCAAAGAAAAUGGAGCCCGGAUUUAUGGCCAAGGAAGACCGUGGUCACCAAAUUGGAUUCGACAAGGUUGAGUUUGUGGAGCGCCUUACAAACGACAAUUACGAGGCUAGAAUGCGUCUUGAGGAGUUAAUGCACGUGCUAGAGACCCCUCACAGCGUGGUAAUUAUAUCGGAAAAGGACUGUCCGGAGAAGAAGGAAGUGCAGAAGAUGCUUCACAAGUUCCGCGCGACUGUGCGUACCAAGGAGAUUGGCUAUGCGGACCAUGUCCCAUUUGAUCGGGAAGCUGUUGAGGCACUCACUGGUCGCAAGGAACUGCCACUUGUGUAUAUUAAAGGCAAGUAUAUCGGUGGUUUGCCUGAAGUGCAGAAGCUGCAGCAGAAAGGGACGCUACGUACAAUUUUGGAGAAGAGUGGCACGCUUGCAGAGGAUAUCGUGUGGUCAACUAUCAAUCAAAACCCCGUGGUGCUCUUCAGUAAGUCAUAUUGCCCGUACUGCAAGAAAACCAAAGAGACUUUGGAGGAGCUUGGCGUCAAGCCCGUAGUGUUAGAGCUGGAUAUUCGAGAAGAUGGUGCGGCUAUCCAGGCUUUCCUGUUUCGAUUGACGCGUCAGUCUACCGUACCGAACCUUUUCAUCAAGGGCAAGAGCGUCGGUGGAAACGAUAGAGUGCAGGAAUUGCACCGGUCUGGCGAACUGGCAGAUCGGCUGCUGAAAGCUGAAGCCCUUAAUUAG